CUGCUGGAUCCGGUUAUAAAGUAAACUGCCCUCCUCGUGUGCCAUCGCAUACAGAUGAGAAGGCAACCAGUUUGAGCUAACUCUGUGCAUUGUAAAAAGCCAAGAGGCCCGAGGCUCCUUGUGCCUCUGAUGCCGGUGUGGUGGUCCCAGAGCUGCUGAGGAAUCUGGGCAGUGGAGAUCCGGAGGUUCUCGAGGGACCAGCUGGCACUGGUCAAACUUUGCACUCUGCCCUCUGGCCAGCAAUCAGAUUGGAGUGUGGACCGAAAGGAUGUUCAAAUACCUGCAGAAAUACUUCAGCACCCAUCAGCUGGGGCGUGCUCGCCGGAGAGCAAGACUGGUCUCCAAAGAUGGCAGGUGCAACAUAGAGUUUGGUAACGUGGAAGAGCAGUCCAGAUUCAUAUUCCUUGUGGACAUCUGGACCACCGUGCUGGACCUCAAGUGGAGAUACAAAAUGACCAUUUUCAUCACGGCCUUCUUAGGGAGCUGGUUCCUGUUUGGCCUGCUUUGGUACGCCGUCGCUUACAUCCACAAAGAUCUCCCAGAGUUCCAUCCUUCCCGGAACCACACUCCAUGCGUGGAAAACAUCAAUGGCCUGACCUCCGCCUUCCUGUUUUCCCUGGAAACCCAAGUGACCAUCGGGUAUGGGUUCCGGUGCGUGACAGAACAGUGCGGCACUGCCAUUUUCCUGCUCAUCUUUCAGUCGAUCUUGGGGGUCAUCAUCAACUCUUUCAUGUGCGGGGCCAUCUUGGCCAAAAUCUCGAGAUCCAAGAAAUGCGCCAAGACCAUCACCUUCAGCAAGAAUGCCGUGAUCAGCAAGCGGGGUGGCAAACUGUGCCUCUUGAUCCGGGUGGCCAACCUCAGGAAAAGCCUGCUCAUUGGAAGUCACAUUUACGGGAAACUCUUAAAGACCACCGUCACCCCCGAGGGGGAGACCAUCAUCCUGGACCAGAUCAAUAUCAACUUUGUGGUGGAUGCCGGCAAUGAAAAUCUGUUCUUCAUCUCCCCAUUGACCAUUUACCACAUCAUCGAUCAGAACAGCCCUUUUUUCAUUAUGGCAGCGGAGACCAUCCUCCAGCAGGACUUUGAGCUGGUGGUGUUCCUCGAUGGCACGGUGGAGUCCACAAGCGCCACCUGCCAGGUUCGCACGUCCUACAUCCCCGAGGAAGUUGCUCUGGGCUAUCGCUUCGCUCCCAUCGUCUCCAAGACCAAGGAAGGGAAGUACCGGGUCGAUUUUCACAACUUCAGUAAGACCGUGGAGGUAGAAACUCCUCACUGUGCUCUGUGCCUCUAUAAUGAGAGAGAUGCCAAGGCCAGAAUGAAGAAAGGCUAUGAGAACCCCAACUUUGUUCUGUCUGAAGUCAACGAAAUGAACGACACCAAAAUGUAGCAGUCUGACAGGUUGCGGCACCUGGGGAACUAGUCAUGGAUUUUAAGGUGCUCUGUCGAGCACUGAACACUCAGGGGAAUACCAGAACCAGAGAAGGCAGUAACCCUCAAACAAACCCCACCAAUGGCCAUUCCACUCCUUUGUGUCCUUCCGCGGUCAGUCCUAUCACAAAGACCUCCACCUCCAGUGGCCCAGAGAAUGGUGUAUGGAGUACUUGCCAUAGAAGGGAUAUUGUGGGCAGGAUCCAGAAACAUUUAAACAUCUAGGAGACAGUGGAGGGAAAGAACAGACUCAAAAGGAGGGUUCUCGGGGGAAAUAGUGAAGAGCUGCUUGCUUUGAGGAUGGAAGGGGAAGAGGGAAAUUGCAUUCUUCUUCAGCCAGAGUCUGUUGGGGUCAAGUAGUGUGAAAUGAUUGGGUCUUGCAGUUCGAGGACUUGAGGCGAAACAGUGAUCCAAUGAAGCAAUGACAAUUAUCAGAGUUCCAAAUGAGCUUUGCCGUUGAGGUGAAGAAAACGGGUAUUUGGGGCAUGAUUGAUCCCCAACUAAAAUUCACCAGCCAAGCAUGUCAAUUCUCCUCCCAACUUAACCUGUGUAAAACACAGCAACUGGGCUGGUAGGACAGGGAUUGCAUCUGACCCAAUUCAAUUGUGUCUACUCCUGUGUUUAGCAUAGUGCUCGGUACAUACUGUAAUAUGUAAUACUGUAAUAAUAUUAAUAAGGACUACAUGAGUCAAUCAACUGGAUCUUUCAUAUCAAGUGAAACAACUUUUUUUUGAAGCAUCCAGAUAACUUGAGGCUAAAUUCUCUUUGGUUUUUGGACUGAUCUGGAUAAUUUGAUAGUGGCUUUGGUACUGUAUUGCUUUAGGGAGGCCCAUUAAAAUGAACCCCAAUUACUGUCUGGGUGGAUUGAUUAA